AUGUACUUUCAUCCACAUAUCCCUCCGUCUCCUGCUCCUCACUCCCCCUCAUUCCAGGUGAAAGCAGCAGCAGCCGCAGAAGCCAAAAAGAAGCAAGCGCAGCGAAGUUCGAAAGUGCGAGUGGCGGAAGGGGCAGCCAAGGAGGCAGAGGCCAGGCUGGCACGGCUGAAGGCGAUGCGAGAUGAGAUCGCUCCCAUCAUGGCUGAUAACGCAAGAAAGAAGGACCGCAAGACUGUGGAGCGGCGAAUCAUUCUGCUGGUUCAGCAGAUCUCCGCCUCGCACGACCAAAUCGCCAAGAAGUCAGCAGAUCUCACGGCCCUCCUGCGGGACCCAUCUCUUCCCCAGACGUUCGUCGCAAUCACCUUUGCCUCCAAGUGCGAGUCCCAAGUUACCAAGUUACCGCCGUUCGCAUUCGCUCUCGCGCAAGUCAUCGUGAACGUGUCCACACAGGCGCCCAUAGCCAUGGAAGCCUUGAUCGCAAGCCUGAACGAGACCUGCAUCUACACCGUGCCACAGCACUACGUCUUCUCCGAGGUAUGUUAUGUUAUGCUCUAG